AUGACGGCACCUAUUGUCUUCAUUGUCAGACAUGGCGCGCGCCUUGACGCUGCCGACAAAGACUGGCAUUUGACUUCCCCAACUCCUUACGACCCUCCCCUCUGCUAUGGUGGCUGGAUUCAAUCACGGGCCUUGGGUGCACGCAUUGCAAGUCUCCUACAAAAUUCCGAGUUCACGGGGAUAAAGCCCGAGGCUGAAUCUAGCCAAUCCUUGCCCACGGAUGUCCCGACCAGUCCGCAUCUGCCCCCCGCAACCUCGGAUCUGUACAACCGAUACAACGUAAUAAUCCAUACUUCCCCCUACCUUCGAUGUCUCCAGACUUCUAUCGCCAUCAGCACAGGUCUUAGUCAAUCUCGACCAACCACCGAAAGCCACGAGGAGCAGCCCCCUAUAGACGCGCUGAGCUCGGACCUGCGGCCUUUGGUGCGCGUUGACGCGUUUUUGGGGGAAUGGCUGUCUCCUGACUACUUUGAUCAAAUCACACCACCUCCAGGCUCUGAUCGGAUGGUUGCUUUGGCAAAGGCAGAAUUGCUACGUCGGGGGGAAAGACUUCCUUUAGUACAGGAAGGAGGGACAAGGGUAUUAUCAGGUCACUUCCCGGGUGGCUGGGGGAGCCAAUCCCAUCCCACCUCCCCUAAUGAAGAUGAUGAUAGCCAGCCGUUGCAAUCACAGGGACCUCUGUCAACUGUAGAACAUGCUCCGCGUCCACGCGCGAGUACCUUUGACGUACCACAGGGUCCCGCCCUGGGCCGCCUGGACAUCAACCGCCCGGCCAAACCCAAUGCCUCUUAUGUGGCCCCAGUACCCGGUUAUGCAGUUUCUCCCGCAGAGCGCAUUCCAUCUGGUUACGUCAGCCAUGCGCGGGACGCUUGCAUCAAGAUCGAUUACCAGUGGGAUAGUAUGCGCACGCCAUAUUGGGGCUCAGGCGGAGAGUAUGGGGAGGAAUGGAGCUCCAUGCAGGAGCGUGUUAGCGAAAGUUUUCAAAAGAUGAUGGAGUGGUAUCAACGACCAGAAUCGAGUGCUCGGGCAACAAUGAAUGAUGCAUUAUUGCGCAAAGAUUCUUCCGGCCAGACCGUUAUCAUCAUUGUUACUCACGGGGCUGGCUGCAAUGCCUUGAUCAAUUCACUCGCCGGCCACCCUGUUCUAUUAGAUAUCGGCACCGCCUCGGUGACCCUGGCUGUGCCACGGAGCCGGUUGCCCAUUACCACCCCUGACUCUGACCGAACCAAAAAAUCGUUCGACCAGGCCGAUCGGGCAAUCUCGCGCGACUAUGCUCUGCAACUAGUAGCAUCGACCGAUCACCUCCGGCCAGGAACCAACCCUUCUCAGCUAAACUUACUAACACCCCACUCCGCCCCCCAGGACCCGUCACCCCAACCGUUUCGCAAUCGCCUUGGCUCCAGGCCCCAGCCCCUCCAAGGGUCUUUCCCGCUUGGUCCCAUUUCAGGACCCGCGAUGAGUCCUCGAGGGUGGGCCCUUGCUCCCCGUCCAUCAAGCUCGGACAUUCCUCGAGGGCCUUCCGGCUUGUGGGGCGCUAUCGCUUCACCGAUCGAAAAUGAAGAGGAUGCGGACGACUUUGUUCCUAAUUUUGGGGAUCAACAGCCCGUGAGCCAUGAUUCGCCCCUUCCCCUCCCUCUUCAUGAUGUACCCGUGGACCGAACUGGGUGGACAAAACAAUUGCCUAAGCGAACACUGUCCCAGAGGGGACUCUGGGGUAGCGCACCGUCCCUGGAGGAUCGUGAGUUGGCAUCGAGGCGGCGGUGGACCUUGGCGGAACAGAAGCUAUGA